AGCCCGAACAGGCAGGGCAGCCGGCCACAGCGGCAGAGACGGGAGGCCCACGGCGAGGCGCACAAGCAAGGCAGCCCAAUCCUAAAACGAAGCCCCGACAUCACCAAAUCUCCCCUGACAAAGUCAGAGCAGCUGCUGCGAAUAGAUGACCACGACUUCAGCAUGAGACCAGGUUUUGGAGGUCCUGCAAUUCCUGUUGGGGUGGAUGUCCAAGUUGAAAGUCUAGACAGCAUUUCUGAGGUGGACAUGGACUUCACCAUGACACUUUAUCUGAGGCACUACUGGAAAGAUGAGAGGCUGUCCUUCCCCAGCACCAACAACCAAAGCAUGACCUUUGAUGGCAGGCUGGUGAAGAAGAUCUGGGUCCCCGACAUGUUCUUUGUCCACUCCAAGCGUUCCUUCAUCCAUGACACCACCACAGACAAUGUCAUGCUCCGGGUCCAGCCAGAUGGGAAGGUACUUUAUAGCCUCAGAGUUACAGUAACGGCAAUGUGUAACAUGGAUUUCAGUCGCUUUCCCCUGGACACACAGACGUGUUCCCUGGAGAUUGAAAGCUAUGCCUACACUGAAGAUGACCUCAUGCUCUACUGGAAGAAUGGGAACGAUUCCCUAAAAACAGAUGAGAGGAUAUCACUGUCUCAGUUCCUGAUCCAGGAGUUCCACACCACUACAAAGCUCGCCUUUUACAGCAGCACAGGGUGGUACAAUCGCCUCUAUAUAAACUUCACUUUACGCCGACACAUCUUCUUCUUUUUACUCCAAACCUACUUCCCUGCCACCCUCAUGGUCAUGUUGUCCUGGGUGUCCUUCUGGAUUGAUCGACGAGCAGUUCCCGCUAGAGUCCCGUUAGGGAUAACCACCGUGCUGACCAUGUCUACGAUCAUCACUGGGGUGAACGCUUCCAUGCCCCGUGUUUCCUACAUCAAAGCAGUGGACAUUUACCUGUGGGUCAGUUUUGUGUUCGUCUUCCUCUCGGUGCUGGAAUACGCGGCAGUGAAUUACCUGACUACAGUGCAAGAGCGGAAGGAAAGGAAACUGCGGGACAAGCUUCCCUGUGCGUGCAGCCUACCUCAGCCUCGGCCCAUGAUGAUGGACGGCAGCUACAAUGACGGCGAUGUGAACGAACUGGGCCACUACGUGUCCGAGAACGGAGAUAAACAAGAUCGAAUGAUGGUGCAGCUGGCGCUGGGGUCAGAGAGGGGCUCGGGCAGGAGGAAAAACCAGAGAUACGUCAGCAUGCGGAUCGACACUCAUGCCAUCGACAAGUACUCCAGGAUAAUAUUCCCUGGUGCAUACAUUCUAUUUAAUUUGAUAUACUGGUCCAUUUUUUCAUAA